AUGAGCACACAUCGACACUUUUCUCAAGGGGACACGCGGUCCGCGCGUGACAGUGACGAACGCACUGACAGCUCGUGGAUAAACGUGUUCUCUCUGGUCUCCAGGCCUGCGUGGUCUCUCCUGCAGAGAUAUUUCCCAGGAAGAACCCAGACUGCAUUUGGAAUGAAUUCAAAUCUAGAUAUCGGAAACUCUCUGGCCCCUCUGAAAGUUGCAUACCUCCACUGCCAGCAUGAAAACGUGGCGCAUGCGUCUUCCGGAGAUCCGGGGACCCUUGCCUGGUUCACGCACGAUUCGUUGAGCGAACUGGGAAUUCAGAACACCUCCCAGAAAGAUUUCAACCUUCAAAAGCAGGCAUCGGUCGGAUACCUCGGAACGGCGAGAAACUUUCUCAGCCAGGCGUUAACGAGCACGCAGGAAAAAAGGCGCGCGGGAGGCGAGCGCGCAAAACCAGAAAGCGGAUGCGAUUUGUGCCCGGAUACGGCGUCCGUGCGAUCCACUAACAGCUGGUGGUGGAGUGGAUUUUGGGAGGCCGACGACAGACCUCAAAACUCGCUGCUUAAUGUAGCACAAAGCAUAAAAGAGACUGAUACGUGCUGGCAGCAUUGUGGAGAACAUCACAGUGUCGGCUAUUGUCAAAGCCGCUCGCCAGCGGGCGUUGCUAUGACGACCGAACUGUGUGUACGUAGCCAUGAUGGACGAUCAAUGCACAACGAAAGCACUGGACCCUUGUGCUCCAAAGAGCUAACCCACAAUGCAAGCCUGCACGUGCCCAAACCAGAAUCCCUGCCCAACUCAUACCAGCUUCCACUAGAUGUCAAGCAGCAACUACUAGUUUGUAGUAGAGCCUAUAAUGAGGUGGCAGUUCUGACCCCUGACCAAGAUAAUGGCUACUCCAGCUUGGAGGAAGAACACUCAAAUAGUAAACUUCAGAUGAAGCUGCUUUCCAAAGAACAGGAGGUGUCGGAAACAGCCGAAGACAACCCAUCUCGGAGUAACACUACAGAGAGUGAAUUUUAUAGUGAACCUGUCGUUUGUGAGGAAGAAAUUAAGGAAAGAGAAAAAGAGGACACUGAGAAGACCACAAAAACAGUUUCAGCUGCUGAAAACGGGUCAUUUUUGGCCACGCCUCAAUGUCAAAACAAGGUCAUUGCUUACAUCAUGGGAAGCCCUUGUAGUGGUGAAUCUGAAUCGGAGGAUGAUGGCGAUUGGGACAGUAAUGACGAUGAUGGCUUUGACAGUGAAGGCUCAUCCCACUUCUCAGAGUCUGAGGACCUGGAUGACAGCGACGAUGAAUCUGAGGAAGACUCAGAUGGAGAGGCCGACUUUGAGACUGAGAGGCUGUGGAAUUCUCUGUGCCAAAACGGGGAUCCUUAUAACCCAAGGAACUUCACAGCUCCUAUAAAGACAGCCUCCAAGCCAAGCCCUGCGACUACAGACACCUUGGUCUCAGAGUCUCCACCAACACAUAUGUCCUCCCAGCGUUCGCCGCCUCCAUCGUCUCCCUCGCUCUCAGAGAACGAGUCCGGCGAAGAUGCCUGUGAGAUGGAUGAGGAAGAUAAUCAGAGACUGUGGAACUCUUUUAGCUGCUCAGCAGACCCCUACAGCCUCCUCAACUUCCAGGCCCCCAUACAGACUCAGAAAACCCCUAAAGGGUGCCGUAAGGAGAAAGCGCCUGGAACGCCACGCUAUAGGAGAGAGGAGGCUGAGGAGAGGCUGGACAGUGGAUUCUCAGAGAUUUCCCCUGUGCCAUGCUCAAGCAGUGCCACGGCUGUUCAGCUGAGGAAGGUGACAUUUAUGGAAGAGGUCGAGGAGUUCUAUGCCAGCAGCGAUGAGGACCGCCAUGGCCCCUGGGAGGAAAUCGCCCGGGACCGCUGUCGUUUUCAGCGCCGUGUUCAGGAAGUUGAAGAGACUAUCAGCUACUGCCUUUCUCCAACUUUCCGCCUGGACAUUUUUCAAAGACUCUACAGUACUAGCUAAUCAAAAGCCUUGUUUGUUUUUUGACAGUGUAAACAAUGAAUAAGAAAUAAUAUAUAUAUAUAUAUAUCAAUAGUUUAUUUCAGGGCAUCCGGAGGCCCUUAAAUGUUCAAAGGGCUCACAAGUCACAAAUCCAAGCGGAACUCCGUGGUUCCUGCCAGGGAAAGUCACCUCACUCGAGUCAUGCUGAAAUGUUUUGUGCUGAGUGUCGUGUGGAUUUUGGAAAUAUGCAUUUUGUUUUGGUUUUUCUUUCCCACAAGUCACACUGUCCUUUCUAGCCAUUAAUACAAUAGUUUAAUUUUAAAGAGAAAAACAGGAACUACAUAUGUCAUGUCUGUUUAAUCGCAGGAUUCCCCCUAAAAGUUUCAAAAUAACUAUUUUAUCUACUUCAGAGUUUUUCUCAUGCCUAUUGGAAAGCUGAUUUAAUGAUUUAUUUGACUUGGUUUAGUGAUGCACGAACAAUACACAUAAGUGCACUAACUUCACCUCAUUAAGCAACACUAAAUUGACGUUCAUCUUUCUAUUAGAACUGUAUUAGUGCAAAAGUAUUCUUGAGGGAACGAGAUGUGUUAGCUCUCCAAUCCCUGUUGUUUUCAUCUCGCAGGCCUUCUUACAAACCCCUCGUGUUGUAACCUCAAAGCCAAAGAUAACGUUCUUCUGCUCUGCAAAGGAUCAUUAAGCCAGGCCUCAGUAUUUGAUGCUACAGGGGCACACCGGGUGAACCAUCCCCCAGAGUAAUCGCACUUACUACCCACAUUAAACCUAGUGGUAUUUUGCUGGAGAUGAGCAAUGCUUAUGUCAGUGUCUGUUCCUGUGUUAAGAGUGAAGAUAUAUGGACGUGGGCCUUAGUGCAAUGUAUUUGCAUGAUCCUAAAUGGAAAGAUGUUCUUUUCCCUAUCUCUAUUUAUUGGACACCACCAUUUUACUUAAUCUGUGGAAAUCACUGUCGUGUAACGGGGUUUUUCUCUGUGCUUUGAACUGUGGCAGCUGUGACUAACGUUGUGAAAUCUUGACUAAAGGUGAAAUGCAGGGACAAAAUGCAUGGUUUUGAUCUGAACUAUAAUAUGCUUGAUGUUGAAGCAUAAAGGUAAUUUGUUAAUCAGUAUAAUUAACAAAAGCAUUUUAUUUUUGUAAUACAUUUUAGCAUUUAAGCAUCUGUUAUGGGAUUUGUGACAAAAGACUAGUCAUAAUUAACAAUCAAUAAAAAGUAAUGCAGGCAAAUUGA